CUCCACAUGCAAUCGCCACUUGAACGAGACAAUGAAGGUAGGCGGAACAUACGGCGCCACCAUCACACUUGGUGAAUAUGGUCCAUACUGGAGAAUGUUGAGGCGUCUUUGCGUUGCUGAACUUUUCUCUCGGAAGCGUAUUAUUGAUACCGCUCCUUUACGUAGAAGAUGUGUGGAUAAAUUGAUAAAAUGGAUAGAUGAUGAAGCCAAAGAACAAUCAGAACACGGGGUUGAACUUGCACGUUAUGUUUUUGCUAGCGCAUUUAACGUGAUGGGAAAUAUAAUGCUUUCUAGGGACCUUGUUGAUCCUAAGUCUAGCAAAGGAAAUGAGUUCUUCAAUUUGACUUCUGAACUAACUGCGAUUACAGGGAAACCAAAUCUAGCUGAUUUCUUCCCUGUUCUACGCUGGUUCGACCCUCAAGGAUUAAAAAAGCAUACAGAAGAAAAGAAAAACCAAGUUCUUGAUAUCGUUGAUAGCUUCAUAGAGGGACGUCGCCGACAAGACAUCGAAGGUAAACAAUCCCGCAACAAGGAGCAAAAAGACCUCUUGGAUGUUUUGAUGGAAUUUGAAGGCAACGGAAAAGAUGAACCUGCUAAGAUUUCAGAUAGAAAUCUCAAUAUAUUUAUAUUGGAAUUAUUUAUCGGUGCAUCAGAGACAACAAACAGUACCGUGGAGUGGGCGAUGGCAGAACUUCUCCGACAACCAGAGGCAAUGAAGAAGGUAAAAGCUGAAAUCACCAAAGUUGUGGGUUUUCAGAGGAAUUUAGAAGAGAGCGACAUCAAAGAUUUACACUAUUUAGACGCAGUGAUUAAAGAGACAUUAAGGUUACAUCCCCCAUUGCCGCUUCUCAUUCCUAGAACCACUAUCAAAGAUAUGGAGUUAAUGGGGUAUAUCAUACCAAAGGACACACAAAUUUUCAUUAAUGUUUGGGGACUUGGACGAGACCCAUGUAGUUGGGAAGAUGCAGAUUCCUUUAAGCCGGAGCGGUUCAUAGAUGCUUCAAAUCUUGAUUACCGAGGACAAAACUUCGAUUAUCUACCAUUUGGAGCAGGGCGACGUAUAUGUCCAGGGAUUCCUCUAGGUCACCAAAUGCUUCACCUUGUACUAGGUUCACUGAUUCAUUCUUUCGAUUGGUCUCUUGCAAAUGGUGUUACUCCGGAGACUCUAGACAUGGGAGAAAGAAUGGGAACUUCACUAAGAAAGGACAUUCCCUUGAAAGCAAUACCGAAACCCUUAUUUAUAUGAUUAUUAAACUAGGUACCAUGGUUUGAAAAUAAAUUAGGUUUCUCGUACCUGUAAGGUUUAUGAUGUAUUGUCAA